AUGGCUGCCCCCGUGGAAUCUCUGAGGAAGAGAAGAGGAGGGGGCGAUGCGCCCCAGCUCGAGCCCCUAAAAGUCCCCGGGCGGGAGCCUCCGAGCUGUCCGCCUUGUCUCCUGACGGGCACCUUCUGGCUGACUAGGAUAGUGCUCCUGAGGGCCCUGGCUUUCGUUUACUUUGUGGCAUUCUUGGUGGCUUAUAAUCAAAAUAAACAAUUGAUUGGAGAAAAAGGACUCCUGCCAAGCAAACUGUACCUAAAGCAAAUUCAGCAAUACUUCAGAGGUAAAUCUGCCUGGGAUUCCUUCAGUUUUUCUCCAACAAUCAUCUGGUUCCUGGAUUGGUCGUAUAUGGACUCCAUCUUGGAUUCAAUAUCUCUUCUUGGUCUAGGAGUUUCAACUUUCAUAAUGAUAACUAGUUGUGCAAAUAUGAUUCUCAUGGCUAUACUCUGGAUUCUCUACUUUUCGCUGGCCCAUGUAGGACAGAUCUGGUAUGCUUUUGGUUGGGAAUUUCAGCUCCUGGAAACAGGAUUUUUGGGGAUAUUCUUGUGCCCUUUCUGGACUCUUUCCCAACUACCGAAACAUACCUCAACAUCAUACAUUGUUAUAUGGGGAUAUCGAUGGCUUAUUUUCAGAAUUAUGCUUGGAGCGGGCCUCAUUAAAGUGAGGGGAGAUCGAUGUUGGAGAGAGCUUACCUGUAUGGACUAUCAUUAUGAGACACAGCCUGUACCUAACCCUAUUGCCUACUACUUACACCAGUCCCCUUGGUGGUUUCAUCAGUUUGAGACCUUAAGCAAUCAUUUCAUUGAGCUGGUGGUGCCAUUUUUUGUCUUUUUGGGACGCCGUAUGUGUAUCAUUCAUGGAAUCGUGCAGAUCCUUUUCCAGGUGAUUCUUAUCAUUAGUGGAAACUUGAGCUUCCUGAACUGGUUGACCAUUGUUCCCAGCAUCGCCUGCUUCGAUGAUGCUGCCUUGGGGUUCCUGUUCAGCUCCCAGCCAGGAGGGGUUAAAGACCGAGUCCACAAAAUACAACUUGAAGACAAGCCCCCAGUGAGAUACGGUUGUUUGGUUCGAAGACUGGUGAACAUCUCUUUGGGUAUCCUAAUUGCCUACCUGAGCAUUCCUGUGGUUAUGAAUUUACUUAAUUCCAACCAAGUUAUGAAUAGUUCAUUCAACCCUCUCAGAAUAGUCAACACUUACGGGGCAUUUGGAAGCAUCACCAAAGAGAGGACUGAGGUCAUCAUCCAGGGCACUUCCAGCCUUGUAGCCAAUGAUUCCAGUGCAGUAUGGGAGGAAUAUGAGUUCAAAUGUAAGCCUGGGAACCUGAAGAGGAGACCGUGCCUGAUCUCUCCAUACCACUAUCGGCUAGAUUGGCUCAUGUGGUUCGCUGCUUUCCAGACCUAUGAGCAAAAUGAAUGGAUAUUACACUUGGCAGGCAAGCUCUUAGCCAAUGAUCCAGAAGCUCUGUCCCUGAUUGCAUUCAAUCCAUUCAAGGGCAAGGACCCUCCCAGCUGCUUAGAGAGGGGCACUAUCUCCACUGGAGAGCGAAACCAUCAGAAGGCUACAUAG